AUGUGUGAAGAGUGUGUCAUUGUUCUCUACAGGUUGUGGGAUUGUGGAGUCACAGAUGAAGGUUGUGCUGCUCUGGCUUCAGCUCUGAGAUCAAACCCCUCACACCUGAGAAAACUGGAUCUGUCUGGGAAUAAACUAGGAGAUUCAGUUCAUCUGCUCUCUGCUGUACUGGAGGAUCCUCACUGUAAACUGGAGACACUGGGGUUGGGUAAUUGUGGAGUCACAGAUGAAGGUUGUGCUGCUCUGACUUCAGCUCUGAGAUCAAACCCCUCACACCCGAGAGUACUGGAUCUGUCUAAGAAUAAACUAGGAGAUUCAGUUCAUCUGCUCUCUGCUGUACUGGAGGAUCCUCACUGUAAACUGGAGAAACUGUGGUUGAGUUAUUGUGGAGUCACAGAUGAAGGUUGUGCUGCUCUGGCUUCAGCUCUGAGAUCAAACCCCUCACACCUGAGAUAUCUGUAUCUGACUGGGAAUAAACUAGGAGAUUCAGAUGUGAAGCUUCUCUCUGAUCUAAAGAAUGAUCCACAUUAUAAACUGGAGACACUAUAUUACAACUGACUCUCAGUAUUCAGACGUCAGUCCAGUUUCCUCAGGAUCAGCUGAUGGUGAAUAAGGAGCCGCUACAGAGACGUCACAGUCACACAGUCAACAGAGACUGAAGACACAGAGACACACAGAGAUCACUGUCAUGUGUGUGACUUCACUGCAGUUUUGAAUUACAGAUGUCAUCAGAUUUCCACAGUGAUAUAAUAGAGGAUUUGAACUCUCUGACAAAUAAUGUAGGAUUCUUCUAUUUGUGACCCAUGAAAACCCUAUGGAAGCAUAUGUGUAGCAAUAUUCAAUUUGAAAUGUAAUAUGCAAAAUGGCAAUGCAAUAUGUAAAAUGGCAAUGCAUUUCUGUGUUUAAAUUUACAUUUUUCAUUCCAUAUAUGCAAUGUUUGGAGCAAAAUGAUAAUUCAAAUUCAAUAAUAGAAUUUACAUUUGCC